CAUAAAAGCCACAGUCCUCAGCAGUUCUGGGCACUGAAGGACAGUGGUGACCAUGACGGUCCCUGAGAAAGCACAGGAUCCGGGUCCCCUGGACCAGGAAGAGCUGGUAGGCGGCAGACCCACAUACGGCAUGAACAGAUAUCGACUGGCUUCUGUAUUCAGCCGCCUUGCAGGCUGUCACCUCCAUGACUCCAUCUCCUUGGUCCUGAAGCUGCUCUUAUUCAUGCUGUUCGCUGGGAUCUUGGUGGCCAUCCUUGCUAAAGUCUCCAAUAUCCCAAGCAGGCAGGACUAUGAGCAGGCUCAGUUGCAGCAGAAGCAGACCUACCUGGAAUUGGCCCAGCUGAAGGACAGAAUGAACAACCUGUGCCGCCCCUGCUCCUGGGACUGGACAUUCUUCCAAGGGAAGUGUUACUUCUUCUCCAAGUCCCAACGGAACUGGCACGACUCAGUCACUGCCUGCGAGGAGGAAGGGGCUCAGUUGGUCAUCGUGGAGAGUGCUGAGGAGCAGAGCUUCCUGCAGCAAACCUCGAAAAGCAAAGGCAGCGCCUGGAUGGGGCUCUCCGACCUGAAUAAAGAAGGCACGUGGCACUGGGUAGAUGGCUCCUCUCUCUCCAGCAGCUACUGGAAUAAAGGAGAGCCCAACAACAUUGGGGAGGAGGACUGCGUGGAAUUCAAGGGUGAUGGCUGGAACGAUGGCAGGUGUGAAAACAAAAAUUUCUGGGUCUGCAAGAAGAGCGCCAUGGCUUGCUCCCACCACUGACGUCAGUGUCUCGGCCCAGUCCCAGCAGCCCCGGCACACCUACCAGCUGGCCAAAUGGUACUCACGUUUAUUCCAGCUCCUUUAUCUACCGAACUGGAGCUGCUAACGAUAUCUCUGUCAAUCUUCUCUGUCACACUUCUCAUCCUCCGUGGGGCUCGGUCAUUGCCGUCCUUCGUCCUCUGUCACCAGCUUCCCUCUGGCUCGGUGGCGAUGGUUACGGCCCCUUGAGAUAGUGUGGGGCAUUGAGGACUGCGGCCUGUUCCCCAGUCGACGCUGCCUCCGUGAGACUAAAGUGUUGGCAGGGCCAUGUGCAGCUGCUGCCAGGUCCCUGAACGGCCUUACCCAAUUCCACCUGCUGCCCUUCAGUCUGCUCCUCCUGCAUCCGCCUGCCCUGCACCCCUCAGCCAGGACGGUCUCUGCUUGCACACCCGCUCACCCUGCAGGCUGGGAGCACCGUCCAAUUAGUCCCUCAGUUCAUCCAUGACUGUUUGCUGUACACACGCCCGGCUCCCUCCUCCCUGGUGAGUCUGUAGUGGACCCUGCGCUGGGUCUCCCGGGUCUCUCUUCCCAGAAGGGGACCUUAGCCCAGCUGCUAGGAGUCCUCUAGGAGGCGGCUGUCACGUGUCAGCCCCUUCCCGCCUGGACUCUGCUGCAGAGGCUGCAGCUUCUGCAGUGUCAAACUCCAUCCUGAGGCACCUCACGUUUGUGCAGGACAGUGGAGAGCUGACCAUGCUGGGCCAAUGCGGGGCGUCUCUGAAGGAGCCCUCUGAUUCCAGAGCUCCCCAUUAGGCCAGCGGUGGCUGCGGUGGGAGCGCCUUCACUGGGCUUGUCCCUCUGCCCUUUCCUGCUUUCUUCUUGUGAAUGUAAUUAAAAAUGUAUCAGA